AUGGUUCCUCCAGCUUGUCUUCUGGGCCCACCGGAGCUCCACCUUGACCACCCCAUUUCCACCAUCAUCAAACCCCAUGAAGAAAACCCCCCACUGGUUAAAGGCCGGUCUUUUUCUUCAAACCCACCCUUAAACCCCUGCCUUGAAUUCUUCUUCAAGGCCACUAUAUACUCUGAUAAAUCCCGAGAAAACCCUGAUGAAGCAAUGGCAUGGGACCAUGAUCCUCUCACAACUCUCAAGCUCAUAUUUUGCCUGAGAAUGGCGGGGAGGCCCAACAAAGAAGCCUUUUACAAAUCCCUCGUGGUUUUGCAGAUACCCAUAGAUGAAGCAAAGGAAAAGGAGGAGGAAGAGAGACAAAAACUUAGGAAUAGCUAUUGCUAUUGGCCUCGCUAUUGGUCCUGCGAUUGGUGCAUAGAUGAAGCAAAGGAAAAGGAGGAGAAAGAGAAGGAAGAGAUCACACCAGUCACAGAUGUCAGAGAAGUUCGCAUUGCAAGAGCGAAGAUUGCCGUUGAUAGGUACCAAAACGACCCAGAAUAUCGGUUGUUGCACAAUAUUGUAUCCGAGGUGUUUGUGGAAAUACUGACAUCAGAUUUAUUGUCUUUGGAGUCGGGUGAGAUUGAAAAAAUCAGCUCUGUUUCCAAAUUAUGUCCUUCGAUUGAUUCGUCUUACGACAGAGAAACUUUGAUAUGUGAAAACAUAGCAAAGAGAAUGUUUCCACGCCAUAAUUUUGAAGAGUACAAAGAUGUUGAAGAAGCUCAUUAUUCUUAUAGGGUUCGUGAUCGAUUGAGGAAACAAGUACUUGGCCCCCUGCGCAAGGCAUUGGAGUGCUCAACGGCUGCAAAACAGAACAAGAAGUCAUCAUCAUCAUUCAAGAACCGCAAGGCGCCGAUUGCUUUGGAAAUCUACAGGAAGAUCAUUGGUUGUGGUGUUGGUGGAGGCUAUGAUGAAAGCAAAUUGUCAUUCAACAUUUGCAUGAAGCUUGUGGACAUGCUUUUACGAAAGAAAACUAUUUUCAACAUGUGCUUUGGUGACCAGCUAAUCUUUCUCACCAGGUGGUGGCCUCAUUGGAGAUGGAACAUGGCGGCUGUGAUGAUGAGAUUGCAGACUUCAAUGGCAGAGAUUAGUCCACGAGUUGCAGAACACAGGGAAGCUCAGGAAUUGUAUUGCUGUGUUGUGUGUGAUCUCCCGGAGAGCAAGAGAGGGACAUUGAAGGAGAUGGUGGAUUUUUCAAAGAUUUACAAUCAAGUUCUGCAGAUUGCCAUCGCUGAGGGUAAUGCCAAGGUUCCUAAAAGGAUUUUUGUGUUCACAUACAGGGAUUUUGAGAAGGCCUCUAAGAACAAUUGGGUGCGGGAUUUUAAGGAGGCCUUGGAUAAUUACAGAGAGAGAGGGUAUUUUAAUGUGCCACAUUUGAUGUUCUGGAAUCUUAAUAAUCCAAUUGCUAAGCCUAAGGAGAUUGGUAGGCCUGUGAAGAAUCACAAUGUAGGGACUAAACUCACUGGGUUUUCCAACAAUCUGCUUAGCCUUUUCGUCAAAGGCGAGAUUGAUUCGAGAACAUAUGCAGGUCAGGUACAUGGUGCUUUUGGUGGGAUUGAUGUACUGUCAGGGCUGAGGCUUGUUCCAAAGGGUGAGGUUGUGAUGAAAUGGGCAGUUUAA